CGUACAUUCCUUAAUUUUAAAUCUUGUUAAAUUUCCUUUAUUAAGUUAGAUUUUGUAACAUAAAUAAUUUUUUAUAUUAAAUUAUGUCUGGUUUGAAAGUCUUUUUAACCAUCUCCUGUAAAUUAUUAUUUUUUGUCUAAGAUUCCUUAAACAAAAACUUACUUCCAAACCUGUAGAAUAAUUUAGAAUAAUUUAAAAAUGAGUACCACAAACGACAGCGCAUCAAAGGCUUUUCCUCUCGCUACCGAAGAAAUGAACGGAGUACUUCUGGACCUUGUACAACAGGCAGGGAACUACAAACAGCUCAAAAAAGGAGCCAAUGAAGCUACAAAGGCUUUGAAUAGAGGACAUGCUGAGAUUGUUUUACUUGCAGCUGAUGCUGAACCUCUUGAAAUUAUUUUGCAUCUUCCACUUCUAUGUGAAGAUAAGAAUGUCCCUUAUAUCUUUGUUCAUAGUAAGGUAGCCUUAGGCAGGGCUUGUGGAGUUUCACGUCCUGUGAUUUCUUGUGCUAUUACCAGUAGGGACGGAUCACCUCUGAAUCAGCAGAUCGUUGACGCAAAAGAUAACAUAGAACGCUUACUAAUUUAACCCUAAUCGUGAUACAAAUCCUGUUAAUUUUUCAAUCAAAUUAAUACUUAACCUAAUCUCAUACCACUACUA